UCUCACAUCAGACGAGGGAACCUUUAAAAGGAGGCGAGAGAAGAGGCGCGCGCAUCUUUUAGGCGUUGUGGCUAGGGUUUUUCAUCAGAAACAGAACAAAUAAAUAAACAGGGCAAAACGAUUUAGGGUUUGCACACUUCCAGUUCUCUACUGGAUCAGCAUUACCUCAAUUGCACAGGCGGUAUUAGGUUAAUAGUUAGUCUGCUUGUGUGGAGGUCUGCUUGGAGAACAUGGUAGAAGUUGAGACAAGUGAAGAACUUGAAUUUAAGUGGGGAAAAAAGAAAGGAAGGGGAGGGAGAAAUAAGGAUGUUCAGUUUUAUGAAUCUUUUACUUAUGAUGGCGUGGAGUAUGGUCUUUAUGAUUGUGUUUAUCUUUACAAGGAAAGUGAACCCGAGCCUGAGAUUGGUAAGCUAAUAAAAAUAUGGGAGACUGGUGAGAAGGCAAAGAAAGUCAAAGUUCUAUGGUUUUUCCGCCCCUGUGAGAUUUUGAAUUUUCUUGGAGCUGAAGAGAUACUUGAGAAUGAGUUGUUUUUGGCAUCCGGUGAAGGUGUAGGCCUUGCGAAUCUUAAUCCAUUGGAAGCCAUUGCUGGAAAAUGCAAUGUUCUUUGCAUUUCAAAGGACAAGGAAAAUCCUCUACCUUCAGCUGAAGAACUUCAAAUGGCUGAAUUUGUAUUUCGUCGAACUUUUGAUGUUGGGCAGCAGAAAAUCAUGGAUAAGAUAGAUGGACAAAUUGCUGGGAUUGAUGUUAAAUUCAUGUUUAACCGAAUGGAUAUUCAGAAGCCUGGUGGCGUUCUGAAAGUUGAUUUAGGAAAAAACGAAGUUUGUGGGAAUUCCAUAGAAAGUAAUGAAACAAUGGCUCUAUCAAAGAAAAACUCAUUUAAAGAACAUGUCACUUUAGAGAAAAUUGGAAAUUGUGUUGAUUCUUCAACACAAGAAAAUGCUGAUUUGGUUAAGCAUAAACCUUUGCUUGUAGAAAAGCCUGCUUUUGUUGUAGGUUUAAAAUCAAGUGACAUGGAUAAAACUAAUGAAAAAGGGGAACAUGCGUCAAACCCCAAGGCCUUAUUGAGGUCUAAAGUUAAAAGCAAUGAGGGUGAGGUUAGAAGUGGUAAAGUUCAUGCACGACAAGUUGCGGAGGAAGAAAAUGUGAAGUGUACCAAGGAUUCUGUUGAUUUGGACAAUAGGCCAACCAAGAAGGCGAAGAUUGAUUGUACUAUUAAAGUAUCCAAUGAUAAGGGAAAAAUUUGUGAGCAAAGACAUGUUAAGGUGGAAGAAAAGAUAAGAUGCACAAAGGGUUCUGGUGAAUUGGACCAUGGACAAUCUAAGUCGAAGCUUAACACUUCAACCAACGUGGUAAAUGACAAAAGCAAAAGUAGUGACCAUAAGCGUAUGAAUGAUAAAAAGGUUUUAUCAUCAACUGCUUCGACACUUGAUGAUAAAUGCAAAGUUAAAAAUAUGGAGAAUUCUCUUGGGACAAACAAAGCCCCUUGCAAGAAGACGAAGCUCGAAGAUAAGGCAACAACUCUCUCUAAUGUCAAGUUGCCUAAAACCUCUCAACGUAAGGAUUUUCUUGGGACAAACGAAGGCCCUUCCAAGAAGAUGAAGCCCGAUGUUAAGGUUACGACGCUUUCUAAUGGCAAGUUGCCACCUCCUACAGAGUCUCAGAAUAAGGCCAAAAAUUAUGGUUUCCAAGUGUUGGAAGUCACUCAACGUCCCGAUGCUGACAGAAGAACAUGGUUUAAGGGAUUUCCUUGGGAAGAUAGAAUGCAGACUGCACAUGAGCAGGGCACCCUUGUUUUGCUCCAGAAUUUGGAUCCGGCAUUCACUUCAGCAGAAGUGGAGGACAUAGUAUGGCAUGGUUUCAAGGAAACUUGCACGGCUAAGAUGAUUCAGCGAAUUUCAAAUUCUAGCCCUCACUCAGGACAAGCUCUCGUUAUUUUUAAAACUAGGGAAGCAGCACAGAUGGUUGUUAGAAAAUUAGAUGAGGGCUGCUUGUUAUUGUCAAAUGGAAGGCCUCUUGUCGGCAGCAUCGGAACUCACUCUGCGGAAAAGAAACCAAUUUUUUUUGGUCAUCUAGUUAUUGAUAAACUUCGGCACCAAAUGCUGCGGGAAAGGGAGAUGAAAGAAGCUGUAUCCACUUCACAUUGUUCUCAGCCUAACACUACUGAAUAUGAUAUGGCCAUGGAGUGGUGCUUACUACAAGAAAGAUCAGACCUUGUUUGGGGGAACCUGUAUAAGCAACAAGGUAAGGAGUUGAGAAAACUCAAAGCUGAACUCAAGGCCAAAUGAGCAGUGUGGCUGGGUGAACUUGCCCCUUUUGGUAAAUUUCACAUUGUUCUCAACUCUUGCUCGCACUCUCCAAGUUCUGGGCUUGCCGAUUCGUGAAAGAAGCCGAAAUUGAGUAAUAAAUCUCCUCUCUUCCCCAGGGAACGUACAUAACGGGGGUCUGAAGUCAAGGAUCAGGCAGUGUUUUGGUUGGGCAUGUGCAACUAUUUGUUCAAGACCAGUUUCCAGCUGCUGUGAGUUUGGUCUGAUGCUUUUUUUUGGCCGGAAAUCACUGGACGGUCUGGUUCAUACGGGCUCCAUCAUCAAUCACAAAUGUAAAUUCACAUGUAUCUCAUUCUGAGUAAACGGGCGUUUUUCUUUUUGUAAAGUUUUGGUUAAGCCCGUUUCCUCUCUUCCCACAAUCGCCAAUCAGCCAAACAGUGCGCUUUACAUAGAGGAUCAAAUAAACUGUUUUUGGCUUUUAAAUUGCCCUUUUUGCCUUCUUAAACGGUUGAACUAGAUUUGAACCUUUUUUCCCUCCUAGCAAAGGAAAAGGAUUAAACAGUUGAAGCAUAAAAAA